CAGCUCCUUGGCAGCAGCAGCCACGUGACGUUGUUGUCCAUCCACGCAGAUUUGAGGAAACCGGCAAAUUUUCUCUCGCGCUCCAGGAAACAGCCACAUUUGUUUUUCACCUGUGAAGUCGAUCUUUGAGGGAUCCUCAGUUAUGGAUAAAUUAAAAUCGGUUCUGAGCGGUGAGGAGGCGCGCAGAGAAAACAGAACCGUCCUGGAGACUGUCAAUGAAGCCUCGACGUUAGGCUGGGGCAACCGUGUGAAGGGCUUCGUCGCCUGUUUCGUGGUGGGGGGUGCGUGCACAAUUUUGGGAGUGUGUUGUCUCUUCAUCCCCAAGAUCGGGCUCACUCUCUUCAUUGUGUUUUACACUUUUGGAAACAUAUGUGCUCUCUGCAGCACCAUGUUUCUGAUGGGUCCAAUGAAACAGCUGAAACGGAUGUGUGACAAAACAAGAGCGCUGGCCACCACAAUAAUGCUUACUUGCCUUGUGUUGACUCUCUGUGCAGCCUUCUGGUGGAAGAACUUCGGACUUGCUUUGUUAUUUGUCAUCUUGCAAAUCUUGUCGUUUGCCUGGUACAGUCUGUCGUACAUCCCGUGUGUGAGGGAGGCGAUACUGAAGAUGGUGUCGUUGACUUGCUUCAAGUGAGCCCCGCGUUUGUUCCAAGGACUCCGGCUGAAUGACGUGUGUUUUAGAAAGGGGCAGGUCUCUCUUACUGAAAUUACUGAAACGGCCUCUGCAUGAGUCUGUGACUCUUCUGUUUUAUCUCAUAAGAUUUCUUUUUAUUGUUUAUACUUCAUUCAUUGAUCAAUUGUUUUUUGUAAUGUAUUGAUACCAACUUUAAUGAGUGUGGGCUCGGCUUGUAAUAUGUGUAAAUAUCUGAAAUAAAUAAAUAAAUAUAUUAACGGUUUUAUAAAUGGA